AGGAGAAGGAAGGCGGCGACAGCAGCAGCAGCGUCGUUCCUGCCGCUGUUUUCUCACGGCGGGGGCUGAAUUUCCGUGUUUGUCGAGCGAGGAGGGGAACCGAGGCUGGGAAAGGGAGGAGGAGGUAGCGGAAGCCCGGCGCAGCCUUUGCGAGAGGAUGGUUGUGGGGGCGUGUGACAGCCGGCGGCACAGCCGCCGCCACCACCACUGCGAAGCGCCUCAGGUGACGCUCUCGGGGCAGGAGUGGCACUGAGGGGAGGCCGGAGUCCGAGGCGGGCGGAGUUGCAGCGGCGUCUGGGGCGCAGAGGGAGAGGGAGGAAGGCGGGAGGCGGCGGAGCGGGGGGCACAUGGCGGGAUGACAGCGGCUUCCGUAGCUGCUCCCACUAUGCGCGACUGGCAGGAGGGGAAAGGGGUGGGAAGCUGAGGCUGCCGUCGCUGUCACUUCUUGGUGGCUCGCAGCCGCACGGGCGCCGGGGGGGAGACGGAGGCAGAGAGAGCGAGAGAGGCAGCUAGGCAGACACACACUCGGCUCGCUCGCUUGACAGGCGCGCAGUAGCGAGGGGGGUGUGCGUGUCGUGUCGUGUGUGCGUGGGGAAGGGACGGGCCUGAAGCCAGUGGCGGAGAGAGGGCCCAGGAUUAGGGCUUGGGCGGCGAGGCGCAGCAAGGCAGGGAACGGCGAAGCCUGCAAGAGGCUGCCAGGGAGAGGCCUUCCAGGAGGAGCCUUGGAGGGAGAAGCGAGGCGGGAGGCGCUCAGAGUAUUCCCGGCAGAAGGAGGGUGGGGGAAGCCGCCGCCGCCGCCGCCUCCCGGCUUUCGCUUGUGUGUGUGUGUCUUUCCGUGCGUGUCUGGAGGAGGAAGCGCUGCUGCUGCUGCUGCUGCGUUAACCUCGCGCUAUAUUUAUUUACUCCGUGCUCCCUCCUUCCUGUCGGGCUCUUCCUCUUCCUCGGCCAGGUCCACUCCCUUUCCCUACCUGGCGAGGGUGUCUGUGCUCUGCCCCCUUCGCCUCUCUGCGUCUGGCUCUCGGUCCCCUCCGUGCACAUCAUGGUGGUGGGGAUGGUUGGAUGAAGGGGAAGGUGGGGAGAGAGCAGGGGAGAAAGAGGCGUUUCUGUUUCGGUGUCCCCCCCGCUUCGACCCCGUCGGGACCAGGCGUACUGCCCUCCCGCCUGCCUGCCUGCCUCUUCCCUUCCUCGGCUCGCCUCUGCUGUGCUUUGCCUGAGGUGCGUGUGAUAAGGCGGGAGCAGGAGCCACGGCAAGAGGCGGGUGGCGAGGGGGAGGAGGGAGAGGAGGAGGAGGGAGAAGAAUAGGGUGCGCCGCCGAAGAGACCAUGAGGAAAUUUAACAUCAGGAAGGUGCUGGACGGCCUGACGGCGGGCUCGUCGUCCUCCUCCUCGGCUGCCUCCUCCUCGCAGCAGCCGCCGCCUGCAACCCGGGAGAACGACAUCCAGGAGACCCUACAGUCCGAGCACUUCCAGCUCUGCAAGACUGUACGCCAUGGUUUCCCCUAUCAGCCUUCGGCCUUGGCUUUUGAUCCUGUUCAGAAGAUACUUGCCAUCGGGACUCAGACUGGCGCUUUAAGGCUUUUUGGUCGGCCAGGCGUUGAAUGCUACUGCCAACAUGACAGUGGUGCUGCAGUAAUCCAGCUUCAGUUUCUGAUCAAUGAGGGAGCCCUUGUGAGUGCCUUGGCUGAUGAUACCUUACAUUUAUGGAAUUUGCGUCAGAAGAGGCCUGCUAUACUGCACUCCCUAAAAUUUAACAGAGAAAGGAUAACAUUUUGCCAUAUGCCGUUCCAGAGUAAAUGGCUGUAUGUGGGCACUGAAAGAGGAAAUAUACACAUUGUUAAUGUGGAGUCCUUCUCUCUCUCAGGCUAUGUCAUCAUGUGGAAUAAAGCCAUUGAACUGUCAUCCAAGUCUCAUCCAGGACCUGUUGUCCAUAUUAGUGACAAUCCAAUGGAUGAAGGCAAGCUAUUGAUUGGUUUUGAAUCAGGAACAGUAGCAUUAUGGGACCUCAAAUGCAAGAAGGCAGAUUACAGAUACACACAUGACGAGGCAAUCCAUUCUGUAGCUUGGCAUCAUGAAGGAAAGCAAUUUAUCUGUAGCCAUUCGGACGGCACCUUGACUAUAUGGAAUGUAAGGAAUCCUACCAAGCCAUUGCAGACAAUCACUCCACAUGGAAAGCAGGUAAAAGAUGGAAAGAAGCCAGAGCCUUGUAAACCUAUUCUUAAAGUGGAAUACAAAACUACCAGAGCUGGAGAACCUUUCAUCAUCUUGUCAGGUGGCUUGUCAUAUGACACUGUAGGAAGAAGACCCUGUUUAACAGUUAUGCACGGGAAGAGCACUGCUGUUUUAGAAAUGGAUUAUUCAAUAGUUGAUUUUCUAACCCUCUGUGAAACUCCAUACCCUAAUGAUUUCCAAGAGCCAUAUGCUGUGGUCGUACUUCUAGAAAAAGAUUUAGUACUUAUUGAUCUUGCACAAAAUGGGUAUCCUAUAUUUGAAAAUCCCUAUCCCUUGAGUAUACAUGAAUCUCCAGUUACCUGUUGUGAAUAUUUUGCCGAUUGUCCUGUGGACCUUAUUCCAGCACUUUAUUCAGUUGGGGCUCGCCAGAAACGUCAAGGUUAUAGUAAAAAGGAAUGGCCUGUCAAUGGUGGAAACUGGGGUUUGGUCACACAGAGUUAUCCAGAGAUCAUUAUUACUGGGCAUGCAGAUGGAUCGAUCAAGUUUUGGGAUGCCUCUGCAAUAACAUUGCAAGUGCUGUACAAACUAAAAACAGCUAAAGUCUUUGAAAAAUCAAAAAAUAAGGAUGACAGACCUAGCACAGACAUAGUAGAUGAAGACCCAUAUGCCAUUCAGAUCAUCUCGUGGUGUCCAGAAAGCAGGAUGCUGUGCAUAGCAGGAGUUUCUGCACAUGUCAUUGUUUACAGAUUCAGCAAACAAGAAAUUACAACAGAUGUGAUUCCGAUGCUUGAAGUACGGCUAUUGUAUGAAAUAAAUUACAUAGAGUCUCCAGAUUCUGAGCAAGUGCCACCACUGCCUACUCCAGGAACAGGUUCCAACCCUCAGUCCAUUGCUCCCCAGUCUCAUCCGUCCACUAGCAGCAGCUCAUCGGAUGGGCUUCGUGAUAAUGUCCCAUGUUUAAAAGUUAGAAACUCUCCCCUCAAGCAGUCUCCAGGCUACCAGGUUGAGCUGGUUAUCCAGUUAGUAUGGGUGAGUGGAGAACCACCUCAACAAAUAACAAGCCUUGCAAUCAACUCUGCCUAUGGCUUAGUAGUUUUUGGCAAUUGUAAUGGUAUCGCAAUGGUUGAUUACAUCCAAAAGACCACACUUUUAAACCUUGGCACCGUUGAGUUGUAUGGUUCUAAUGAUCCUUAUAGGAGGGAACCCCGAUCUCCACGUAAAAGCAGACAACCAUCUGGAGGCAUGCUGGCUGUGGCUUCUUGCAUGUGUGGCCUCUCUAGCUUAUAUUCAGAGUCUGUGAAAAAACUUCGCACCUCUUAUAUAAGUCUUUGUGAUAUUAAUGAAGGCACAGCUGUACAAGAGGAUCGUUGCAAGUCACCCACCUCAGGUUCUGGUUCUCCCAACAAUUCUGAUGAUGAUCAAAAAAUGAAUAAUUUUAUAGAAAAGGUGAAGACCAAAAGCAGAAAGUUUUCCAAGAUGGUAGCCAAUGAUAUAGCAAAGAUGUCUAGAAAAUUAAGCUUACCAACUGAACUGAAACCUGAGUUAGAUGUUAGAGACAACUCCUUCAGCAGAUCCAGGAGUUCUAGUGUCACCAGCAUUGACAAGGAAUCUCGAGAAGCAAUUUCAGCUCUUCAUUUCUGUGAGACUUUCACACGAAAAGCUGAUACAGCACCUUCACCCUGCUUGUGGGUUGGGACUACAUUGGGGACAGUUUUAGUCAUUGCAUUGAAUUUACCCCCAGGAGGAGAGCAAAGACUACUUCAGCCAGUAAUUGUAUCUCCCAGUGGAACCAUACUAAGGCUUAAAGGGGCUAUACUGAGAAUGGCUUUUCUGGACACUACGGGAUCAUUAGUUCCACCAGCAUAUGAACCCUGGAGAGAACCCAAUGUUCCUGAAGACAAGGACGAAAAGGAUAAGGUGAAGAAACGCCGGCCUGUCUCAGUGUCUCCAUCCUCCUCUCAGGAAAUCAGUGAAAACCAAUAUGCAGUGAUAUGUUCUGAAAAGCAAGCAAAAGUUAUUUCACUGCCUUCACAGAACUGUACUUAUAAGCAAAAUAUAACAGAGACUUCAUUUGUCCUUCGUGGAGAUAUAGUGGCACUGAGUAACAGUAUCUGCCUUGCUUGUUUCUGUGCCAAUGGACAUAUAAUGACUUUUAGUUUGCCAAGUUUAAGGCCGCUGUUGGAUGUAUAUUACUUACCGCUUACCAACAUGCGGAUAGCCAGAACAUUUUGCUUCACCAACAAUGGGCAAGCUUUGUACCUUGUCUCACCUACAGAAAUCCAGAGAAUCACCUAUAGUCAAGAAACAUGUGAAAAUCUGCAGGAAAUGUUGGGUGAACUCUUCACACCAGUAGAAACACCAGAAGCACCAAACAAGGGGUUCUUCAAAGGCCUAUUUGGAGGUGGUGCACAAUCACUUGACAGAGAGGAACUCUUUGGAGAAUCAGCUGCUGGAAAGGCAUCAAGGAGCCUUGCCCAGCAUAUUCCAGGUCCUGGUGGUAUUGAAGGGGUCAAAGGAGCAGCAUCGGGAAUAGUUUGUGAAUUGGCACGAGCCAGAAUAGCACUAGAUGAAAGAGGACAGAAGUUGGGAGAACUGGAAGAACGAACAGCAGCCAUGAUGGCCAGUGCAGAUUCUUUCUCAAAGCAUGCGCAUGACAUGAUGUUGAAAUGCAAAGAUAAGAAAUGGUACCAGUUCUGACAACGCAUUUCCAAAUGCAUCUAUAUAACUUUACCUUGAAGAAAAAUCUCCUUUUCAUUAACUUCUGCAGGACCAGCAGAAGUGCAAGGGUGUCAGCCAAUGGAUACUGAUCUUUCCUAGCACAAAUCACACACUGUUUUACCUCAGUCAUGCAGCUUUAACUGAGGGUCAUUAUAUUUAAAACUGGCACCCACACAGUGUGUGUGUGUCUUUACCUGUGGGAUGACUAGGAGCUUGGGAACAGAGUCAACAAGAGAACACAUGGACAAAAAGGGAAACUUUGGUAUCAGAUGAGCAGGGGCAAUGCAGGAUCUAUCCUGUGUUAAUAUUUCAUAUGCCAAAAGUUUUUGUGCUAUUGUUGUUGCUGCCAGUGUUUCAUCCUCCUGUAGGAGGCUGCAAUAAAUCAGGGGUCCAAGAGCUAGAAUAAAGUUGUUCAUCUUAGGGGACUACUAGUAGCUGAUCUAUACCUUCCCUCCUUAGAGCACGCCAUUAUAGCUGUUACUAGAAAUGACUUGAUGCCACCAAUUUUCUGAUCUGACAAAAGAAGUAUGCGAGCUCCAUUCUGAAUCUAUAGAUAGUUAACAUGCACAUAGUAUCUUCUUGGACCCCUGAUCUAGUAUUCUUGUAUUUGCAUCACCAUACUGUGGCUGUGUUUGGAUGUCAUUAUAAACCAUAGCUUAUUGUGACAGAAAUGAAAAGCAGCAAGCAUUUCGGCUCUUGCACACACACUCUCUUUCCUUUGUUGUAGCUACAAGGAGGUCAUUGGAAGCUUUUGAUUAACCGUAGCUUGUUGAUCUUAUCUGAACUUGACAUAAUGUGGUUAAUUUUCGGUAUGGUUUAUUUGAAACAUACUUUGAAACAUACUUUCAAACCAUAGAUUAUAAAGCUGGCCUGUUUCGAUGAACCAUUGUUACACUUAGCCAUGGUUUAAGGUUUGGACCUGACACUAUAUAGUUAAUCCAAAACAAAGCAAAAGCUUCGGAACUUCUCGCAGCCACACCAGAAGAAAAAAGGUGACACAUGGGGCUUGCUGCAGCUCAUUCCCAUCACAACAAACUGUGACUUAGCAUGACAUCUGAACACAGCCCAUGUCAAGUGCAAAGCAAGAGAAGUUUUUUGCAUUGUAAAAAAAAGUGAUUCAACUGCACAUCAUGCUGAAAGUUUUCAUUUGUGUUAUGGCUGUGUAGUGUAAAGAGUAAAGAAAAAAGAAAAAAAAGUCUACCGCAAUGAGAGAGAAAAAAAUGUCAUCUUUCAGUCGACCCUACCUUUUUUAUUUUCCUGAAAAUACAGUUAGUCAAUUUAUAAAAUAUUUGUAAUUGGUUUUGAGUUUAAUUCAUGCUGUACAUCUUUUGUGUGUUUAAGAGAAUGUAUUAGUGCAGGCACUUAAACAGGAUCUAUCAGAUAUGUAGUUAGCUUAUAUGCCCAAUCAGACUUAACUACCAGGUUAAAUAGUCCUUAGUUCAAGCAGUGUUGAACUUCAAGAAAGUGUUGAACUCUUGAGAUACAACUUGAUGGCUAAUAGUAAUCAUUUUUAUCACUUGCAUUAGAUUAAAACAGUUCUUGGGGGUUCCCCCCCCCAAUACAGUUCAAAGAACCUGUUAGCAAGUGUAAAAAAAAAAGCAGCAAAGAAGCUGUCUCCAGAAUUUCAAGCACAUUUACUUGGGAGCAAGUACCGUUGAUUUGAAUUGACUUUUCCUCCAUGUAAGUGUUCUUAAGUUCACUGCCUGAAUUGCCGAGUGACAUUAAAGUCAGAAUGGAUUGUUUCCAGAACUUGGCAUUUAAAAAAUGAAUAUUUUACCACUUUAGCAACUGGUAGAUUCCUACUUUGAUUUGUAUGAGAGGAGGGAUUUAAGAUGUGCCAAAUUGAAGCAGUAUAUUUUAGCUAAUGAAGGUUGCACCAAAGCCAUAAUGUAAUAAGAAUAUAUGAAUUUAUUUUAAAAAAAUAUUUAUGAAAAUGCAUAAAUAAUAAUCUUAGUCAUGUUAGAAGCUGGAAAUAGUACAAAUUUGUGAUAAUUUGCAAGCAGCCUGAACUAGUUGAGGCUCUGUUUGUAAGAAAGUGCCAGUGUUUGGCCAGAGGUUUGGGGUUUUAUUUUCCUAAACUUGGUGGUGCUGUGUACAUGUUGAAUGGGUUGUCUUAACUUCUAACGUUGUGAACAUAGACUGCAGUUUGAGCCAAAAUAAAAUUCCCUAGUGUCGGUUCAGCAUUGGCAUUUAAAAAUUGUGUUCCCCAUUCCCCAAAUGUCAUGUGCAGUCCAGGUUGAAAAAGUUACUGGCUGGUCCUGCAUAGUGUGUUUUGCGCAAAUAUAAUGAGACUUGCCUCUUAAGUAAAUGUGAUUAAGAUAAGGUUAUAACCCUUUGAAUUUGAUGCAACUAAAUCGCUGCAGCAUGUUGGUUGCAACCAAAGGUCACUUGGGGGUGGGAAACUACAAUCUGCAAGAAUGUUUGAAUUUGUGUUUCAGGUUGGGGCUGCUGGAGGGUGUGUUUUAGUACUGUACUUAUACCAGCUUUUUGCCUCCCCGCAGUGCAGCUUUGGGUAGAGUGCCAUGAUAUUCAGUUGUCCAUAUGGGAAGCAGAUUCAACUCUUUCCAUAACCACACAGUGCUCUAAGUCUAAGCCUACAGAUGUGAUUUUGGGCAGCAGUCAAUCCUCUACAGCAAAUAUUUGAGUCAAAACUAAAGCAACUUGUUUAGGGACUAGUUAUUCACUUUUUCAUUCUGCUGCCUGGAAACAGAUUUUCUGUUUUAAACAAAUUACUUUAUUUGCAUUUAGCUAUAUGUGAAAACACUGAGAAAAAUCAAUAAAUCAAAUAAUAAAAGAUUGUUAAGUGAUGUGGACAUUCAAACGUAAACAGUAGUAACUGUUCGUUAUGAUAACUUCUCUGUGCAUUUGAAAUUUCCUUUUUUUAAUGUUAAAUUCUGUCUUGUGUAUAAAUGGCAUGAUCCAGCCUUAGAUAAGCACUUUUAAACCCCACUUAUUUCAAGUGGAGAUACAUAACUUACUGAUUUCUCACUGCUAAUCUUCAUAUGGAUUGUGUCAAAUAAGUAUUUUGUAUUUGGAGUCAGAAGCACAAAACGUAAUAAUGAACCUAACAUAACAUUGGUUUAUUUUUUAAAAAGGGGGAAGGAAGUCUGUCUUUUCACACAAAUUAAAAUUAUAGUGAAUAAUCACUUUUGCCCACUAUAGAAAAUGCCCAGAGCAAGAUACAGUAACUCUAUGGUAAAUGAAGAUUUACUGCUAUCCACAUUCCUUUGCAGAAAAUCCCCAAAGUGGUACACUCCUUUUGAAGUUGAAUUAUUUGAGACAGGAUCUGUAGCUUUCUGAGCAGCGAAUAUUUGACAGCCAGUAGGAAAUGAAGAAUAAGGAAGUUCAUGCUAGCACAAAGAAUAGCAUAGUAUCUAUUAUAAUGUGUAUGUGUUCUCACAUUUUAUACCAUAAAUAAAAUAAUUUGUUUUGUUUUUUUAAAAAAAUGCAGAAAUUAAAUAGUAGCAAAUUGUUGGGCUGUCUGUCUAGUUUUGGCAAUUCAGUAAUGUUUGCCAACCUCACUGCAGCAAGAUAAGUUGUACUAAUAGGGAAAUUUACUUUGUAUAGAGUUUGUUUGGCAUACUGUUGGGAGAAAUAACAUUAUUCUCUUGGCUGGAAUUUGAAUUUGAUUAUUUGAUCAAAUUAUCAAAUAAGGCUGUGUACAGAUAACUUUUAGAUACUGGGAGGCAGUAGUGUAGAGCUGCUGUUGGCCAUGGUAAACACAUGUUCAUUAUUUUAUUUUAUUUUUUAGGCCUCCCAUAGUUUCUGGUUAAACUGAUACUGGAAGUUUUUUGUAGUGUUGUGCUGAAUUUUCUCAGGGUUUGAAUUUUGACUUGAAAAAGGGAAUAGAGGUGGGGGAUAAAGUUCCCUGAAAGGAUCUCCCAUCUUUUUCAUGCCAGUUUGAUGCUGUUCAGUACACCAAAACAUUACUACUGGAAUAUGAUUUUUUAUUUAAUCUGAUUUCUUCUUAGAAAUUAAUGAUAUCAUGUUGCAUACAGAUUUGGCUAGGAGAACUUUUCCCAUAAGAUUUGUUUCCUUCUGGUUACAAUAAGUUCCCAAAAGUUUGGUUUCCCUUGCUGUUAUACAGAUGUGAUUUUAAUGGUGCUGAAGCAGCAGUUAAUAGCGGCUGUUGCAAGAAACUUUUAAAAAUGUGCUAUGGAGGGGGAAACUGAAUAGGAUUGUGCAGCUGCUGUACUUUCAGAGGCACAGGAAGACUCUUGCCACUUUUGAGCCUCUAUCUAAAAAUUGGCAAGAUGUGGAAACAUGUUUUGUGGCAAGAUUAAAAAAAACCUCAUGAAACAUGUGCAUAUUUCAAUUUAGCCCCCCCCCCACACACACACUUCAAGUUAUAUCCUGGAAAAGCCAAGAUAAUCCUUUGGAAACAUUACCAGCACUGCUGCAAUAGGUAAUGAAGUAUAUUUUGGCAAACUGUUGUAGAUACCUAUUGGCUAUUGACCAUAAUUUCACAGACACACAUGUACAUCCUCUUGAUUUCUAGAUUGCUCUUGGACUUAGUAAAAGUUGGUAUUUUAGUACAUCAAAGCAUGGAGUCUGCAAGAAGCACUCACAUAGCCUUUUUAAAAGGAGAGUGCAGUUUUCCUUCAGAGUAAAAGACCUACUUGUGAAUGUGACUAGAGGAAGCUGCUGCACUUAGGAACUACAAAAAUAAAGAAGAGACUCUGCCCAAGCAAGGCUCCUUCUCCAAUUUCCAUUUGUACACUUAUCAAGCUGCUGAUGCUGGGUCAGGGCUCAUGCCACAUUAGCUGGGUUAAUUUGCUGCCAGUGCUACAGAGGAAUGAGCAUCUAAACUCAGCCUAAACUUUUUUUAUAUGUUACUAAAAUGCAAACAAACUGCUGCUACUUGUCUUUCAUGUAAUGUUACUGUGUUUAAUUAUAAUUAAACUAAAGACAUGUUUCUUUAGUAAGAAAACUGCCAAAUUGUAACUUCUGAAUGUUACUUCAUGUAAAUAAUUGUGUGUAUUCCAAGCAAGUCUGAAAGUGUGACACCAUCAACAUUCAUUACAUUACAGUAUAGUAGGUAUAAAGUUAAUCAGCUGAUUUCCACCUGCACUUGUAUGGUUUUGUUACACAUUUUUGCUCAAGGCGUCCCUCAUCUGACAAAUACUACAUUAGAAAGCUAUAGCCAAAGGUGAUUUUUGAUGCAGUGGUGUUUCCUUUUUGCUUUCUAUAGCACUGAUCUAAUCAGAACCGUAAACUUGAAUUUCUUUUCCCUGCACCUUAAGUAAUGCAACCUUGAGUACUUAAAUCCUUUCACGUACAUUUGAGUCUUGAAUUCACUUAUCUGUACAUAAAAUAGUUUGGAAAGUUCUUUCUGUACACAAACAGCUUUGCACCCUUUGCAUGGACAAAUUCUUUUAUGGGCAGGGACCUCCAUGCCCAUAAGGGGAGAGGAUCCACGAUAAUAAAGACUGUAUACAGGGACCUGCUUCCUCAUUUGAAAUAGAGUUCCAGUGCUAGAUUUGGAAGAUUCAUAAGACCGGUAUACAAUUUCUCUGAAUUUUUUAUUUAUUUCUAAAUUACUGAAACACUUUCAGAUUUGUUUAAUAACUACACAAAACUGCAAUCUUGUUCACAAGUAAUAUGUGCUUUGGUUCUAUGGAAAUGAGUGAGAGUUGAGCACAGGUAACCAUGGCUGGAUUGCAGCCACAGCGAUAUUUAUACAUUAUGCUAUAAGAAUAUAGUUUGUUACCAAAUUAAAAUAUAUGCUCUAUCUUUUAAUUUUAAAAACCUGAUGUUAAGUUUGUCAAAGAACUUAAUGUAUAUAUAUUAUGCAUACAAUUAAGCUUAUAAUAAGAAAUAAAUUCAUCUCAUAUCGAGAUAACAGUAACAAAUUAACCCAUCUUGAUUAAUUAGAAAUACUCUAGCGUUACUAGCUUAAAAUAAACCUAUAGUUUAAUCUAAAAAGAACUGCUACAAGAAGUAUACACACACACCUCAGUUGUAAAACUGUUUGAAAUAGCUGCAGCUUGUUGAUGGACAUUUACCAUAACUCUUCUUUUUCAUGAGUAUAUAUAAAAUUCUAGAUUUUCAGGUAUUUUCUUCAGCCUUUUAAAAUUUCCAAAAAUUAAAAGUGGAUUCCACGUAUUUUUGUCAAUUAAAGCUUUCCUUUUGUAUUUUGAAGUUCUGGUUUCUGCAUAUAUUUUAUACUCAUUGAUUGUUACUUGUCCUCAGAAUGUUUUUUAAAGUGCAUAUUCCUGUGGUUGGUGAACCAUCCUAUUUGUUAGUGCUCUGAUGCAUACAGAUAAGAAUAUGACUGCACUUGUAGUGUAGUUGUGGUGUGCCCAAUGAUUGAAAAUGCUCAUUGUUUGCCUUUGUUUACUGUACAAAUUCUCAGCUGCACUUGCUCCCACAGUCUAGAUAUUUUCUGUGAAGUAUUGUGAAUUCUUUCCCCCUGUGAAUGUUAGUGACAUUACUGCCAAAAGAAAUAAUAAAGAUCCUGUUUGAAUGAAUUUUAUAGUUGAGGGUGGUGGGCGGUAAACAAAGAUAAAUGUCCAGUAUAUGUGAAUUAUCUGAAUUUUUAACAUUGUUUAACAUGCAUUGAGAAUCAAACCAAGAAAAGUGCAUGGCUAUUACUAUACAUGUUUCCUAUAUAAAUCAUGGUUGUUUCAAGUUCACAGAUGAGUGUAGUUUUUAAUUUUAAACUAAUUUGAGAUAUAGUUUUGAUUAUAGAAAUCAAAGAUGCAACUAAAUUAUUAUUAGCAUUUUUUGAUAAAGCACUUAGGAAAUUGAUCUUUCUAAACUUCAAGCGACUGCAGUUUGUGUUUCUUCUUGACCACUACAUUUUUUUUAAAAAAUGAACAAGUUUUGAUUUUUUGAUGAAAUCAUGGCAUCAUCCAUGGAGCUGCUAUUUGAUAUUGGCUAAUACAAAAUGGGGAAACUGUUAAGUGUUAACAACCCUUUCAAAAUUUGUAAAUAAAUUGUACUCAUUUUACUUUAAAUUCAUACACCACUAUUCAUAUUGGUUAGAUCUAGGAGGAGCGGCUUCUGGUUAUGCUACUGUUUCAUUAUGCAAGCAUCAUUGCAGGGUUGGGGGUGGGGGUUCAGGGGGAUUAAGAACAUCAAUAAAUGUUUCUCACAUUACUCAUUGGGUAAGCAUGCUUGAUAUAGAACUUCUAGCUUAUAUGUAUCUUAGUCUCUGUGCAUUGUGUCUUUUUUGUUUUUAAUUUAUUCCUCACUUCCACUUGUUAAUUUCAGUCUUGCGGAGCCCCACUACGUGUUCUGAAGAUGAAAAUGGGAAAUGCAUCUUAGGAUAGGGUUGCAAAUUCAUCUGUCUACCAAUAUAGUUUUAUAUGAACUCCAAUCCAUACCAUUACAAAUGGAAAUGUUAGACUGCAUAGUUAUUUUACUUUAUGUACUUGAUCCUAAAGUAUGUCAUUACAAACAUUAAAAUUAAGUAUGGGAUAUUUUUGUAAAUAAAAAAAACCUGUGCAGCUGGUAUUUUAAAAGGAAAAUGUACUAUACAUUAAUGUUUCAGAAAAUACUGUUCAUAUGUGUAUAUGAAUGUGUCAUUAUGCUGAAGGGCUCUGAAUGGGCAAAAUAAACUAUUCAAAUGUCUCCUGAAACAAAACAAACCUGGUUUUUGUUUCAUGUAAUCAUUUUGCCUCUUGAUGCAGUCCAUGCUUGAGGGUAUUUCUUACUGCUAGAAGAAAUGCAAAUGUUCCUUCAGGAUUUUCCUAUAUUCGUCAUCUUGGAUGUGUUUAAUUUGUACUUUGAAAAUCUAUCUGUUUUUCACUUUCAUUGAUUUUGCUAGUGAUUGUGUGCCAGAUCUCUGUAAGAAGCUGUUGUGUCUUUUAGCAAUAAAGAGAAACAUGGUGGUCAGGGAAGUCUCUUCCCCACCAUGCAUGGCUCCAUGCUUUAUACUAUAAUGUUGCGCACACUUCAGGACUUCUUCUGUGUUAUAUGAAUUGGAAGAUAAAAUUUAUUAUUCCAUGAAGAAGAGAAUGCUAAUGUGCUUUGAUGUAGAAAAGUUAAAGGACUGCUGCCUCUGGCUGAGUAAAUCCUAUAAUUUCCCACCUUCUGUUUGUACCCCCUCCUUAGUGAGUAUGGCCCAGAUUGCCUAUAUUGCUAAGCCAAACCAUGGCUCAGCGCAAAUGUGCAGGUUCACAAAGCAGACUCUGUCUAAUGUGUUCCACCCCUGAUCCUGCUACUGUCAUGUGACCCAGGCUAAGCCAUGGUUUGUCUUAGUUAUGUGCAAACCCACACUAGUGAUUUUCUCUCCCCAACCCCUGCCCUGACAAACCACAAGCACUA